CAUGUAUCCUCCUGACAGCUCAUCAAAACACUGGCCAUUUCCCCAUUACACAGGCGUUAACAGCGAUCAAAUCAAGCAAUAACAUUAUUUUUUGGGAUUUUUUCGACUCAGAAAUCAAGCCUUACAGUGGACCAUCUGAUGAUCAAACAUCGAUUGCAACAGGUACUUGUGCUCUGUGCAGGGUAUGUUUUGGCCAGUUGCCUGUCUGCACUAAAACAAGGGUUCAAAAGUCCUCGGCCGACUCACCGUUGGCAGUCCGGAGAGACCGUGUGGCUAACUGCCUCUCACGCAAGUACAGUCUACAACACUGUCUUCCUGUUGAUGAUACGACAGCACUGAACUCGUCCGCCUUCACCAUGUCCGUGUAUCCCGAGGGAGACAGUCCUCUAUUUCAGCUGCAGGAAGUGGACUCCAGCAGGUUGGGAGGUCAUGUCCUCUCUCCUGCCUUUAACUCCUCUUCUCCAUCUCUGCCGGUGGAGAGCCACCCCAUCUGCAUCCCAUCACCCUACACAGAUCUCGGCCAUGACUUCACCACUCUGCCCUUCUACAGUCCCGCUCUGCUGGGUUACGGCGCAUCGCCUCUGUCCGACUGCCCAUCGGUGCGGCAGUCGCUAAGCCCCUCCCUCUAUUGGCCACCUCAUAGCCACGUUUCCUCAAUUGCAUUGCAUCAGCAACAGACUCGACUACAACAAAACCAUCCAACUGGUGGGAGUUGGGCAGAACUUACACCACAUGAUCACAGCGAAGAGGAAAACUGCAAACCUCUGGCGAAGAGGGUAGCAGAUGCAGAGAAGACUUCUACCUUUUUGAGAGGUAAAGCUGACAUGCACUACUGCGCCGUCUGUAGCGAUUAUGCCUCUGGGUAUCAUUAUGGCGUGUGGUCAUGUGAAGGAUGCAAAGCCUUCUUCAAGAGAAGUAUACAAGGACACAAUGACUACAUCUGCCCUGCCACCAACCAGUGCAACAUCGACAAGAACCGCCGCAAAAGCUGCCAGGCCUGUCGUCUGCGAAAGUGUUAUGAAGUUGGAAUGAUGAAAUGUGGGUUACGCCGAGAUCGUGGCAGCUACCAACAAAGAGGAGCACAGCAGAAGCGAUUGGCGCGAUUCUCUGGCAGGAUGAGAACAUGUGGCCCGAGAUCCCAAGAAAUCAAAAGUGUCCCAUGUCCCCUCGGUGGAAAUAAGGUGGUUAGCAUAGCGUUGAGCCCUGAGGAACUAAUCGCUCGAAUCAUGGAUGCAGAGCCACCCGAGAUUUUCCUCAUGAAAGACGUGAAGAAGCCAUUCACUGAGGCCAAUGUCAUGAUGUCACUGACCAACCUGGCUGAUAAAGAGCUUGUUCACAUGAUCAGCUGGGCCAAGAAGAUCCCAGGUUUUGUGGAGCUCAGUCUUUUUGACCAGGUCCAUUUGUUGGAGUGCUGCUGGUUAGAGGUGCUGAUGCUGGGACUGAUGUGGCGAUCCGUUAAUCACCCUGGAAAGCUCAUUUUCUCCCCAGACCUCUGUCUCAGUAGGGAUGAAGGCAGCUGUGUGCAGGGGUUUGUGGAGAUCUUUGAUAUGCUGCUGGCAACCACGUCCAGGUUCAGAGAACUGAAGUUACAGAGAGAGGAGUAUGUGUGUCUCAAAGCCAUGAUCCUGCUCAACUCCAACAUGUGCCUGAGUUCGUCGGAGGGAGGAGAGGAGCUGCAGAGCCGGUCAAAGCUGAUGUGUCUGCUGGACUCGGUGACAGAUGCUCUGGUGUGGGCCAUCUCCAAGACAGGCCUGAGCUUCCAGCAACGCUCCACCAGACUAGCUCAUCUGCUCAUGCUGCUCUCCCACAUAAGGCACCUCAGUAACAAAGGCAUGGACCACCUCCACUGCAUGAAGAUGAAGAAGAUGGUUCCUCUGUAUGACCUGCUUCUGGAGAUGCUGGACGCUCAUAUCAUGCACGGCUCCCGUUUGUCUCACUCUGGCCCUCGAGCGGCUCCUGCUCCCAAAGAGAGCAAAGCCGUCCAGGAGGCCUUCGCCAGCACUUCUCAGCAUGGAGGGACCUUAGCACCCUAAACCAUUUCUGCGCUGAAGAAUGAUCUAUAGUUUCGGGAGAAUGGACAACAAAAACAGCUACACAAAAGAGUGGAAUAGGAUUACUCAAGAUGAAAAACUUUUUUAAACAUUUGGCGUUUGCUGUGAAAUUCUCAGUUUUUGCAGAACUCGUUCUGAGCACAAUUGUUUGGUUUUAUGUAGCUGGAACCACAAAAAAGGAGAAAAUGUUGAUUUUUACAAAACCAUUUCAGAAUUGAUAAAUUGCUGGUCGUUUGAAAACGGUUUACUAUUUGUUUUGAUUUUGAAUUUCAAAAGCUUUUUUGAAAUGUAAUACGCAGCGAGAAAUUCUGACAGCAUCACCACAUGCACCCAUUCCCAUGAAAUCUGUGCCACAAUGAAAUGUACAGUUUCCACUUUACCAUUUUCUCUUUCUAAACAGUACAUUUGCAACUCUCGCUUUUUGCAAAAGAAAAACAGCAUCACACUGAUGCACUCAUCAACUGUAACUAUUGACGACAUUGUCAGAACAAACAGAUCAGAUUCCUUCACUUACAAAACGACAGUAUGAACAGUCAUUGCUAAAGAUGAGAGAGGUUUGUAUGCAAUGGGAGCAAAGACUAAAUUCUGGACCAAAGGCUCAGAAGAACUGACUUAAGCCUUUUUUUUUCAGUCAGAACAAGGACUUGUGAUUGUCACACUGCAGUAAUUCAGGACAGUUGGAUGUUUUGUGUGCAUCUAUUACUUUUGACAAAACAGAUCAUGGAGCAAAAUGUGUUUAAAAAAACAAACUGCCUUCUUUCGUCCUGCUCUCCACCCAGUAAACCCCUUUAACACCAUAAAGGCCUUGUACAAAACCUUCAUACAUUUUCUAGAGACAGCUCAAUCUAUUGCUACUAUUCCACUGUGAAAACCUUUCUGGUUGUAAGACGCACCACAACUACCAAAAAAAAGUACUUGUGAUAUUGCACUUUAAUAGUUCUCUGACAUAUCUGAAGUAGUGUUUUGAGAAUCAAGAAAAAUUUAAAUAUUGCAGUGCCAACAGUGAUUAUACAGUGGGUACG